AUGGCAAGAGACCGCGCCGGAACCCUUUCAGUGAUCAACAUGAGUUUCCUGUUCUUGGCACACCAUCUGGGAUUCCUUGCAAACGCCAUGGGUGUUUCUUUGAUGGUGUGCAAGCGCAUCCAUCGGGCUGUGGGUUGGAUGACUGGAACUCUUCUUGGUUUACAUAUCAUCAUGGCAAUGAUAACUGAUCGGAAGAGCUGGAUACUUCGCGAGAAGCCCAACCUCUUCGCAUUAAUUGGCUCUGUGAUUAUGGCCGCGAUUUUAUUGUCAUCCUUCCCUUUCAUUCGCCGUUUCCUUUACGAGCCAUUUCUUCGACUGCACCAAGCCCUGGCCACAGCUUGCAUGUAUUCUGUAUGGCGGCAUCUACCAUCCGGUACUCUGCUGCCCCGGCUGUAUGUUUACAUUCCGCUUGGCACAAUGCUACUUGCAUUGCUGGUCGAACUUUUCCUUUUCAUCGUUAGGAACGGUGUCUUCCCCCCACGUCCCUAUUCUCGUGCCUCUAUCAGAUGUGAUCGGGUGCAACAAACACCGAUACAGAGCAAAGAGGCAACACCGCUGAAAGUAAGGAUUGCACUUACAAGGCCCCUACAUGUCGAGGCAGGCCAAUACAUAAGUCUCUGGAUACCCGCGGCAAGCCUAUUCUCCUGGGCCCAGACACACCCGUUCAUGGUGACAUCUUGGUCGCCAGAAAAGCAGGAUGUCCUGGAGCUUUUUGUUCAACCUCGAAGAGGGCUCACUGAAACUAUUCACCAUCGUACAGCCCUGGAUGGCUAUACUUCCUUGACAGCAUUUGUUAGCGGGCCGUAUGGAGUCAGCAAAUCCGUAGACCAUUACGAAUGCGUCUUGGCAAUUGCGACCGAUUUCGGUAUAGCAGGUGUCAUAUCUUAUCUUAAAAAGCUCCUGUACGGGUACAACACUUGCACGUCACAUGUGCGCCGGGUACAUUUCGUGUGGGAGGUCCAAACAUUGGAUAUUGCUGUUGCAGCCCAACCGCUUCUGAACAGCUUGUUAAGCGAUGAUAUCUUGGAUGAUGGCUAUAUACUCGAAAUGUCCUUUUUUGUGGCAUCAAACCAGAUGAUAGAACAUGGCAAGCCGUUUGGCCAGCAUCGCCGCGCGACAGUUUUUAAUGGAAAGCCUCGAUAUGAUGAAAUUAUAUCAGAAGAGGCUUCCGGGCGAAACAUAAAACGGCUGCCAAACACUCAUGAAGACCGCGACACUUUAGUCUCUCAUGGUGCCCCUGGACCCGAUAUUUCUGAUGAUGACCUUGUUGAUUGGGAUGCCUGGCUCACACCAGAGGCACUCCACAAUGAAAAAUAUCUGGCUACCUCACAAUGCAGCUUUAUCAACAUGGGAGACUGUACUGAGCGUCAGCAUUUACUGAAACAUGCCCCUCAGCUUCAUUCAAACCUUCCAGAAGUCCCUCUGCCAUCAGAUGGGAGUUUACAGUUGACGCAGUUCACAGACAGCAACAAAGAGACAAUGACAAUAGGCCUCCAAACGUCAAGUCCAGGCGUAUAUGCCUUUGCGAAAUGUGGAAACACAGAAAUCCAACCCAUCGUGAUCAACGAAAAAGAACAACUCAACUAUUCAAAGCCCCGUGAAGACAAUUUCAGUGCUUUCAGCCUUGGGAAUCACCACCAGAGAAGAGCCCUCACUUUACCGGAUCUCAAGCUUCUGAAAGUACAAGAGAUCGAAAGGGAAACCUUUCACAAAUACAAGCCAGUCGAUAACCGGACCCAGGCAGCUGAGUACGUUGACUGCAUUCAAACAGUAUGUCAGAUUGCAACUGGCGAGACUAUGAGCGCAAAACAAGCUCGAGACGUCGAAGACUGCGGUGAUAGCUUGAUCACAAUUAUACGAUCCGACGGCCCGAUUGCCUCGUUUAAGUCUCUUUUACUCAACUGUCACUUGUAUACCUUACCUCGCGUUGACUUGACUUCGUCCCUGACGGCAUGCGUGUCAUAUCUGAGGUACCUGAACUCGCUCACUUGUUCAGUUUCGAAGUCAGACGAUAUGAAUCGCCGUCUUGCCCAGAUUUGGAUCCAUAUUCAUUUCGAAAAUCAUGUCAAUGAUUUGAAGGAAAGUGAGAAAAACGGUCUUCCGCUUAACCGACAACGUCGGGCAAUCCCUACGAUCGCUAGAGAUUCUAUCUUACAGGCUUUUCAUGGGAACCAAUUCGUGCCCCAAAAAACAGAUCGCGACUAUUUGAGUGAUCAAUGCCGCUGGGGCGAGCGUUGGUGGAAAGCUGCUACUUGCAUGGGACUUGGUGUGAUUUUACUAGCCAGUGAAGACUUGGCAAAUCAAAUAGGUAGAAGAACAGCUUUUCAGAACAAAAUGGUAGACACGUUGGCCAUUUAUGUUCUCAAUCGCUACCCAGCUCUAACCAGUCUUUAUCGAUCGUUUGAGUCUAUGGCAGUAGACCUCAUGCUUGGAGGUGAUAGCGUCUUUUCCCAGGACCAGCUAAACAUCAUCCAAGAGGCGCCCGUGGAGAAUGAAGCAAAUUCAUGCAAGCUAGAAAGAUGGGUGGUUCCCAACCUCAAGUCUCUGUCUAGAAUUGCUUCUUCCCACCUGAUCUUUCUCCAGAGAUUCUAA